AUGCAUAGACUAGAGGUGGCCUCUUUCCUGUGCGCCAGCAGAGGCGGGCGCGGGGCCGAGCUCCCGGGGGCGGAGCCUGUGGCCGAAGGGCGGGGCGGAGCCCGGAGGGUGGCGUCGGUGGCGAGGAGCCGCGAGGCCCGCCGGCCGCCCCCGCUGGGCCGCGUGGCGGUGGUGGUGGACCACGGCUCCGGCUUCACCAAGGCGGGCUUCGCGGGCGAGGGCCAGCCGCGCCUGGUGCUGAAGAGCUCCAGCCUGGUGCCCAGCUGGGACCGGCCCGUGCUGCCUGGGGCGCCGGGCUGCGAGCUGGCGGGCGGCGUGGCGCGGGCGCACCCCAUCAAGCACGGCGUGGUGGUGGACUGGGAGGCGCUGGAGGGGCUGUGGGAGCGCCUGCUGGUGGGCGGCCUGCGGGUGUCCCCAGAACAGUGGCCCGUGCUGGUGAGCGACUCGCCCUCCGCGCCGCCCGCCAGCCGCGAGCGCGUGGCCGAGCUGCUGUUUGAGGCCCUGGCAGUGCCCGCGUGCCACUUGGCCAGCACCGCGUUGUUGGCGCUCUGCUCCACCGGCGCCUUCAGCGGGCUGGCUGUGGAGGCGGGCGCAGGUGUGUGUCACGCUACGCCCAUCUAUGCCGGCCACUCGUGGCACGAGGCCACCUUCCGGCUGGACGUGGCAGGCAGCACCUUGUCACGCUAUCUGCGGGACCUGCUGGUGGCAGCGUGCCCCAAUCUACAGCUGCAGGCCCUGCCCCGCAAGGCCAUCACCCAGUUCAAGAAGCGCUGCUGCUAUGUAUCGCUGGACUUCGAGGGUGACCUCCAUAACCCCGCCCGCCACCGUCCGGCCAGUUUCUGCUUAGGCAAUGGAGGCUCUGUCUGCCUCAGCAGUGAGUGCUUCCGCUGCCCGGAGCCUAUCUUCCAGCCGGGUCUGCUAGGCCAGGCUGAGCCAGGACUGCCCACACUGGCCUUCCGGGCACUGCAGAGGGUGCCCGCAACACUGCGAAAACGGCUGGCUGACACUGUGGUGCUGGCUGGUGGCUCCACACUUUUCCCAGGCUUUCCUGAGCGCCUGGAGAUGGAGCUGGCGGCCCACUGCCGGCGGCAUGGCUAUGGGGCACUGCAGCCACGCCUGGUGGCCAAGCCUGAGCGCGGCACAGCGGUGUGGACAGGCGGCUCCAUGGUGGCCUCGCUGCACUCCUUCCAAUGCCACUGGAUGACCCGGGCCAUGUACCAGGAGUGUGGCUCCAGGCUGGUGUAUGAAGUGUUCAACUGAGUCAGUCAUGUUGGACUGGAGCGAGCAGUGCCACAGAGGGGCGGGGGCGGCAGAGGCUCAGCGGGCUGAGCUGAAGCUCUAUGAGAAGCAUCGAGUGCCAAAUAAAAGUCUCAAGUCAUUGCAGGUGGCAGAGUCGUGUGGUGAGGGACACCCCCUACCCCUUUCUGGGCCAGGAUGAGGUGGUCGGGCCUGGGUCCUCACUUUGACCUGCAGUUUGAGUCCCCCUAACCAGUUCCAGUUCAGAGAAUGCCAGUCCAGCUGCUCACCCCCAGUGUCCUGUUUCCAUGGCAACAAGGGAGGCAAUGCCCACACUUGUGUCAUCGUGACAUGCCAACCCCUCAUCGUGGAGCAUUUGGAUUCCCAUGCCGUGCAAGGCCUCGAGGGUGAUCCCUUGAAAAGCUAUUAAAUCCCACGGGAAAGGAACCAGCAGGGGAAGCCUGUCCUCAGCUGAUCAUCCACUUGCUGAGGGCCUCAGCUUCCCCUUCGCGUAAAAGAGGGGACAGGCAUGAUCCCAGGCUUGCUCACGCUCCCACCCACUCCCUCAUGAAGAUCUGGGGGACAAAGGGAGGUGGAGACAUGUCUUAAAAGGAACACACCAAGGGAGGGCGGGUUGUGGUUUCUUUGAAGUCACCAUCCAAGGGCCUGGAGUCUUGGCUGUGAGCACUGUUUAUGCUGUGCGCACACGUGCCCAAACAUGCACACAAACACAUGGGUGCACACGCGCCUGCCUACUCACACGUCCUCAGGCCCGGCCAUGCCCCAGCAGGCUGCGAACACCAGCAUGGGCCUGUGGACGUGCGUGAGCAGGCCUCACCCUGCAGCCUCUCUCUGCCGGGUCCUGGGCUUGAUACCCCACAACAGUUCGGGCUGGCCAGUAAUAAAAAUGUAGCAGCGGCAGC